AUGCCAGCGUCUGCCGUCAUUCUAUCGUCCCGAAGGGCAAUUUUGCUGGUCUCGUUAGAUCGCCACGAGAAGUUCCUCCUUGAUUUUCUCCCGGAACGAGACGCUAUCGAGAUCGAAACGCGCAUAACAAAGUUCGACCAGCUGUCCAUUGACUUGGAGAAAAUCCAAGGUCAGCUAGAGGAUUUGGCAAUCACCGAAGAAGAAAUUGCGCACAAUGCCGCUUUACGCGAUGAUUUUGAGCCGCGCUUGAUACGCGCACAUUCCCAGCUAAAGGCUAAAAGGGUGCAUGUUCCUCGAAGCAUUAGUUCCACACCAAACGCUGGCCCGAGCCCCCUAGUAGGCAUUAAACUUCCCACCAUCGCGCUUCCCGAAUACGAUGGUGAUUACAUGCAGUGGCUAACGUAUAGGGACACUUUUGAGGGCUUAAUACAUGAUAACCCCGACCUACCGCCGAUCCAAAAGUUCCACUAUUUGCGCGCAUCCUUAAAGGGAGAAGCCGCUAAGGUUAUUGAAUCCAUCACCAUCAGUGCCGCAAACUAUGAAAUAGCAUGGAAAAUACUGACGGAGCGUUACUCUAACGAGUACCUGUUAAAAAAGCGUCAUUUGCAAGCCUUAUUCGGAAUGGCCACCAUGAAACGGGAAAGUGCCUCAACCCUUCACCAUCUUGUCGAUGAGUUCGAGCGGCACAAGAAAACGCUAAACCACUUGGUGCGAGCACUAUUGGAUAGUGCCUCGCAGCCUGAUUUGAUGAGCACCAGGCUUGCUCAGAGGUUAGCGUUGAAACUUGAUACGGUCAACGUAACGCUCAUCGGUGCGGGUCACUCUUCCACCCCGGUGCGGAAAUCGGUGCGUGCGAAAAUUUCCUCCCGAACGGGCCAAUAUCAGCUGAAUGCUGAUUUCUUGAUUGUGGACAAUUUGAUUGGGGAUUUGCCAGCACAUGAUGUGCGCACCGCCGAGUGGCAAAUUCCGCCGAAUUUUAUGCUUGCCGACCCCCAGUUUAAUAAGUCGGCACCGCUCGAUCUUAUCCUCGGUGCCCGGCAUUAUCAUGCAUUUUUCCAGAGCGGGGCGCAAUAUAAAAUUUCGUAUAACCUUCCUGUCCUCAUUGAAAGUGUGUUCGGCUGGAUCGUGACCGGCUCAGCAUCAGCAUGUAAUGAUAACACCGAAACUUCCAACGCAUCUUCCGUCGUCUGCAUGAGCACGCUUGAGGAAUCACUCGAGCGAUUCUGGAAGGUGGAAGAAUUACAAAUAAGAGAUGGUUACUCCCCCGAAGAAAGGUAUUGCGAAAAAUUAUACCAAGAUACAACACAACGAGACGAUACUGGUCGUUAUAUUGUUCGUUUACCAAAGCAGCCUGACUUUGAAGAAAAGCUGGGUCUUUCGAAAUUAUCAGCUCUACGACGUUUUACAAUGCUCGAAAGGCGCCUAGAACGCGAUCCUCAUAUUAAAGCGGCAUACCAUGAAUUCAUGCAUGAAUAUUUGGAGCUAGGGCACAUGUCGCUGAUACAAGCUCCAGCUGACGACGAAUCAGCAUAUUAUCUGCCGCACCAUCCCGUAUUCAAGGCGUCGAGCACAACAACAAAAACCAGGGUGGUGUUUGAUGGAUCAGCGAAAACAUCAUCUGGAUACUCGCUCAACGAAGCGCUAUGUGUCGGCCCUGCAGUGCAGGACGAUUUGUUGGACAUCAUUCUACGAUUCCGCACGUAUAAGGUGGCAGUUGUUGGAGACAUUGCUAAAAUGUACCGCCAAAUACUACUGCAUCCAGACGAUAGGAAGUAUGCCCGCAUUUGUUUCCGGUUUGAUGCGCAUUCACCGAUCCAGUAUUACGAGCUGAACACCGUAACCUAUGGGUUGUCCCCAUCAUCCUUCCUUGCAACUCGAACCUUGCAGCAGCUUGCAAACGAUGAGGGAACCACAUAUCCUGUUGCCGCAUCCGCUCUGAAGAGCAAUUUCUACGUGGACGACUUCAUAGGCGGUGCGGAUUCGAUCGAAAGCGCUCGGCGUCUACGAAUCGGCACACAGUCAGCGCUACAGUUUAUACCCGACGAAACGGUAAAGACUCUUGGAGUUUCGUGGGAGCCAGAACAUGAUGUUCUAUCAUUCGAGUCCGCAAUCGACACCGACACAGCACGUCCUACUAAAAGAAGCAUCCUCUCUAACAUAGCCCGCAUGUUCGAUCCGCUUGGCCUGAUUUCUCCCAUUGUCGUACGAGCCAAAAUCUUGAUGCAGGAGUUGUGGUUGCAGAAAGCUGGUUGGGACGAUCUUGUUCCUGAUUCUAUCUGCAAGAAAUGGAAAAAUAUUCAGCAAGAUUGGCCACUCAUAUCCGGUUUUAAGAUCGAUCGCUAUGCGCUGUUACCUGGUAGUAAAUUGCAGUUACACACCUUCUGUGACGCAUCUGAAGCAGCUUACGGGGCCUGCAUUUAUGUUCGUUGCGAAAGUGAGCAAGGGGAAGUUCGCACCACUUUACUUUCAUCCAAGUCGCGAGUGGCACCACUUAAGCGUGUCACACUACCUCGACUGGAACUGUGUGCUGCAGUAUUAGGCGCUCAUCUUUACGAUCGAGUCAAGAAGGCGAUGGGACUACACGCAGCAGAAGCAUUCUUUUGGUCCGAUUCUACCGUCACGUUAAAGUGGAUCAGCGCCUCACCUAACACGUGGGCAACGUUCGUAGGCAACCGAGUAUCGGAGGUGCAGCAUUAUACUCAUCCUCGUCAGUGGAGGCAUGUUCCCGGCUCAACUAACCCUGCCGAUCUCGUCUCACGCGGCAUGUCAGCAGCAGAUUUCCUGCAGAGCAAGCUUUGGAGUUGCGGUCCGGAAUGGCUAGCACUACCCGCCUCCAACUGGCCCAACUGUAAUCCUGAACCAGCUGAAGAUACGAAUCUCGAAAUUCGUCAGGUGAGUGCUGCCUAUGUAAACACCAUCACUAACCGAUUGCACUAA